UAAUUGUGGUGCUUGCCACAAUUCUUGUAAAUAGUUGAUCUCUCAGCUCUGAAGUGGUGUGCUAACAAGUACCUCUAAUGAGCUGUGCCAGGAACUCAUCAUGAUUCACAGCCUGUUUAUCAUAAACAAAGGUGGUGACGUGUUCCUGGAGAAGCACUGGAAGUCUGUGAUCCACCGCUCUGUAUGUGACUACUUCUUUGAUGCUCAGGCCAAGGCAGAUGACCCUGUUGAUGUGCCACCAGUGAUCACAACACCGCACCACUAUCUGAUCAGCGUAUUCAGAGGUGGCCUCUACUUCGUGAGCGUGUGCACCUCAGAGGUGGUGCCGCUGUUCGUGGUGGAGUUCCUACACCGCGUGGUCGACACGUUCCAGGAAUACUUUGGCGACUGCUCCGAGUCGCUCAUCAAGGAGCACUAUGUGGUGGUGUACGAGCUGCUGGACGAGAUGCUGGAUAACGGCUUCCCUCUGGCCACCGAGUCCAACAUCCUGCAGGAGCUGAUCCGGCCGCCUAACGUGCUGCGUACCAUCGCCAACACGGUGACGGGCCGCUCCAACGUGUCGGCCGUGCUGCCGUCCGGCCAGCUCUCCAACGUGCCCUGGCGCCGCUCCGCCGUCAAGUACACCAACAACGAGGCCUACUUCGACGUGGUCGAGGAGGUGGACGCGAUCGUGGACAGGUCGGGCAGCACAGUGUUCGCCGAGAUCCAGGGCCACAUCGACUGCAGCGUCAAGCUGAGUGGCAUGCCCGACCUCACCAUGACCUUCAUCAACCCGCGCCUCUUCGACGACCUCAGCUUCCACCCGUGUGUGCGCUUCAAGCGCUGGGAGGCCGAGCGGCUGCUCUCCUUCAUACCACCAGAUGGCACGUUCCGGCUGAUGUCGUACCACAUCGGCACGCAGUCGGUGGUGGCCGUGCCGCUGUACGUGCGGCACACCAUCUCGUUCAAGGCGCCCGGCUCCGGCGGCGGCCGGCUCGACCUCACCGUCGGCCCCAAGCAGACCAUGGGGCGCACCGUCGAGAACGUCCUGCUGGAGAUCAACAUGCCCAAGGAGGUGCUGAACUGCCUGCUGACGCCGUCGCAGGGCCGCUACACGUUUGACCCGGUGUCGCGGCUGCUGAGCUGGGAGGUGGGCCGCGUCGAGCAGGCCAAGCUGCCCAACCUGCGCGGCAACCUCAGCCUGCAGACGGGCGUCCCGCCGCCCGACGUCAACCCCGCCAUCAACCUCAAGUUCACCAUCAACCAGCUGGCCGUCUCCGGGGUCAAGGUCAACCGCCUCGACAUGUACGGCGAGAAGUACAAGCCGUUCAAGGGCGUCAAGUACUUAACGCGCGCCGGCCGCUUCCAGGUGCGCACCUAGCCGCCGCGUGCCGACCGGGUCAGAGGUGGGCCGCUGACCCCGGCUGAGUCUCGCCGAGGGUGUCCUGGGCCGUCGCGGGGGUGUCGUCGCAGCGCAGCGCACAGGGUCGUCUGACGCCUCCCCGGGGUUGUGGGUCAAGAUCCACGGGGCCUGUCUCGACGGCGGUGGAGGUGUGUUGUACCGCGGAGCGUGUCAUUGUACCGCGGGGGGCAUCCUUGCAUCCCGGAGGGUGUCAAUGCGUCCCGGAUGGCGUCAUUGUGUCCCGGAGGGCGUCACUGACCGUCGGCCUUGUGACGAGGACGGAUAAAGCGCGGCUUCCGUGUCAGCGUGGUGACGGGUUCUCGCCGGCCUGCGCGGUGUUGGCCCGCGCCUUUGCCGGCUGGGGCGGCGCGGGUCCGCCUCCCGCUGCUGGCCGCCCCCACGCGACCCCGCCGACAUCGGUGGCCAGCUGGCGUCCGCGCCGUGCGACCCGGUAACCUCGCGGAGCUGACACCAACAGCUCGGACGGCGCUGGGUGUCGUCACGUGAUGGCCGGCUCAGGCCGCGUGCUGUGUGCGGUUCCGGUCACGUGACCCGCGCUGCGGUUUGUUGCCGUUUUACCUUCGCUCGCCCUGAUGGUGUAACGCUUUCCGACUAGAGUCUCUGAAGCCUCCGAUCAGUGGGGGCGUCACCUGCUGUCAGCUGCCGCUCGUGGCCUCGGCUGGGACGCCGAGGCCGAUCCCAGGGCCUGGCAAGGGAGGCUUUGUCGACUGGCGGGCGGCCCGACGGCGGCCUCCCGGCUCCGUGGUGCUCCCCGCGCGCCCACCCUGUAUUAAUUUGUGGAGGAGAUGGCAAGGCGAAGCUCGCCGCUAGGGCCGGCAGCCGGCGGCUGGCCGGUCCGGUGUUCCUAUCCGGGCCCGACGCCGCCAGCACCGCCCAGCACCGCCCAACA